AGAAAAUGGGUAAGAAGAGUCGCGUGAAAACUCAGAAAUCAGGCACUGGAGCUGCAGCAGCUGUGUCCCCGAAGGAGAUCCUGAACCUCACCAGCGAGCUGCUGCAGAAAUGCAGCAGUUCGAGCCCCGGCCCGGGCAAGGAGUGGGAGGAGUAUGUGCAGAUCCGUGCUCUCGUGGAGAAAAUACGCAAAAAGCAAAAAGGUCUGUCCGUCACCUUUGAUGGAAGCCGAGAAGAUUACUUCCCUGAGCUCAUGAGAUGGGCCUCUGAGAACGGCGCAUCUGCUGAUGGCUUUGAGAUGGCCCGCUUCGAGGAGGAGGGCUUUGGUUUGAGAGCCACGCGAGACAUCAAGGCAGAAGAAUUAUUUUUAUGGGUCCCACGAAAAUUACUUAUGACUGUUGAAUCUGCUAAAAGUUCAGUGUUGGGGCCCUUGUAUUCUCAAGACCGAAUUCUUCAAGCCAUGGGGAAUAUCACCCUGGCCUUCCAUCUGCUGUGUGAGAGGACCAACCCUGACUCUUUCUGGCAGCCCUACAUCCAGACCCUGCCCAGCGAGUACGACACCCCUCUCUACUUUGAGGAGGAGGAAGUCCGAUAUCUUCAGUCCACUCAAGCCAUCCACGACGUCUUCAGCCAGUAUAAAAACACCGCCCGGCAGUACGCCUACUUCUACAAAGUGAUCCAGACCCAUCCUCACGCCAGCAAACUGCCCUUGAAGGACUCUUUCACUUACGAUGACUACAGGUGGGCUGUGUCGUCCGUGAUGACAAGACAAAACCAGAUCCCCACGGAGGAUGGCUCUCGGGUGACGCUGGCACUGAUCCCGCUGUGGGACAUGUGCAACCACACCAACGGCCUGAUCACGACCGGCUACAACCUGGAGGAUGACCGCUGUGAGUGCGUGGCGCUGCAGGACUUCCGGGCCGGCGAGCAGAUCUACAUCUUCUACGGCACGCGGUCCAACGCAGAGUUCGUGAUCCACAGCGGCUUCUUCUUUGACCACAAUGCACACGACAGGGUGAAGAUCAAGCUGGGCGUGAGCAAGGGUGACCGGCUGUAUGCCAUGAAGGCUGAGGUCCUGGCCCGCGCAGGCAUCCCCACCUCCAGCGUCUUUGCGCUUCACUCCACGGAGCCGCCCAUCUCCGCCCAGCUCCUGGCCUUCCUCCGUGUCUUCUGCAUGACAGAAGAGGAAUUGAGGGAACACCUGCUGGGGGACAGUGCCAUCGACAGAAUCUUCACCUUGGGCAACUCGGAAUUCCCUGUGAGCUGGGACAACGAGCUCAAGCUGUGGGCCUUCUUGGAAGACAGGGCCUCGCUGCUUCUGAAAACCUACAAAACCACCAUCGAGGAAGACAAGUCCUUCCUGCAAGGUGCCCCGCUCUCAGCCCGGGCUGCCAUGGCCGUUAAGCUGCGCCUGGGUGAGAAGGAGCUUCUGGAGAAGGUGCUGCGGGGCGCAGCCGGGAACCGGGCGUUGUGCAGCCAGCAGCUGCAGGAGCGGGCGCCGCUGCCCCGCUACGAGGAGAGCGCCCUGGGGCUGCUGGAGAGCAGCGUGGCUGAUGCGCGGCUGCCGCUCAUGCUCCGGAGCCUGCAGCAGGAGGGCGGCGCGCAGGGGGCCUCAGGCCGGGCCAAGGCUGCUGAAAACGGGCUCGUCAAUGGUCAAGACUCUGUCCCCCACGGGGCCCGAGCGGAAGCCAGGUGCUCGAGCCUAGAGGAGAGUCCGAGAGGGCGCCAAGAUGCCAAAGAAGCCCCUUCCGCCAGCGCUGAGGACGAGGGCGCACGGCUCUGAGGGGCCCCGCUCCUGUGGGCAGCCACUCCCCUCACCCUGUGCUCCUGUGGACGUUUUUCUGCCAAGAGAAAGAGAGAGAGAGGAAUAUGUUUUUGCUGCUUUAUAUAAAAAUGAUUUUUUAAGUUAUUUAAAAUAUCUAGCUUCCUUUUUCGAAUGAGGUUGCCAUCUUGCUUCUGAGAGCUAAGGGGAGGGCUGUCGUGCAGGAGCCUGCGGCCCCCACCCCCGUGGAUGGGUCCCCUCUGCACCGGUGGGACUUGCGCUGUGGGGAACCCGCCCCUUUCUUUUCCGUCCCCUUAAAAAAUAGUAGCCUCCCCCCUACCCAAAGAAGAUGACUGUAAGGUGGCACCCUUAUUUUUGAUAGUUUUAAACGUUGAUGAUAACCCUGAUUCUAUAAAGAAAUCGAUCUGCUCACAUAUAUCUGUCUAGUGAUUUCUAGAAACGGGCUUCCUGUUGGUGGUGGUUCCCCGGGUCCUCAGCUGACCUUGGGGGAUCGCAGCAGUGAGGGCCGAGCACAGCUCCUGCCUGCAGCCGAGGGUCCCCGGCCCCUCGCUUCUCACAGCCAGCUAGAGGGUUUCAAAGCCACACUUUUGACUAACACGCUUAUUAAAUGGAGACCGUGGUUAA